CCCACCUUGGCCAGGCCCCAGCCCUUCACUGGCCUUGAGCUCCUCACAGGAGCGGGCUACUUCACUCAGUCGCUGCUGUACUACGGCUACUACAGCAACGUCACCCUCACCCCCCCGCUGCCCUACAACAUGCCGCUGGCCUACGUGUUCAGUGUGGGGGUCUCCUUCCUCCUCACCUGCGCCCUGCUGGUGUACAGCAUGUCCCGCUCCUUUGGGGAGAGCUACCGCGUGGGCAGCUCCGCGGGGGACCUGGCCAUCAAAGUCUUCUGUGCCUGGGACUUCAAGGUGAUCCAGAGGCGCUCCGUGAAGCUGCAGUGUGAGAACAUCUGCACCCAGCUGAAGGAGCUGCUGGCGGAGCAGAGGUGCCACUCCCGCUCCAGGACCCUCUGCCAGCGCCUGGGGCACUGCACCGUGCUGGCCCUGGCCUGGGCCCUCUCCCUGAGCACGGCGCUGGGCUGCGCGCUGGCCGUGCACUACUUCUCAGAGCACAUGCACACGGGGCUCCCAGCCCUGCUCCUGCUCUCCAGGAACCUCAUUCUGAAGAUGGUGAUCCUUGGCCUGCUCUGCUACCAGUGGCUCAGCCGGAGAGUUGUCUGCUCGACAGAGGAGUGUUGGGAGACGUGUGUGGGGCAGGAGCUGUAUCGCUUUGUGGUGAUGGAUUUCAUAUUCACCCUGCUGGACACGCUCUUCGGGGAGCUGGUCUGGAGGCUGAUCCUGGAGAAGAGGCUGAAGAGGAAGCGGAGGCCUGAGUUUGACAUCGCCCGAAAUGUGCUGGAGCUGAUCUACGGGCAGACUCUAACCUGGCUGGGCAUUCUUUUCACACCACUCCUGCCGGCCGUCCAGAUGGUGAAGCUGCUGCUGCUGUUUUAUGUCAAAAAGACCAGCCUGAUGCAGAACUGCCAGUCCCCCAGCAAGCCCUGGCAAGCAUCUCACAUGAGCACUGUCUUCAUCACCCUGCUGUGCUUCCCGUCCUUCCUGGGUGCAGCCAUCUUCCUCUCCUACACCAUCUGGUCGGUGCGGCCGUCGGAAACCUGCGGUCCCUUCCGGGGUAUGGAAACCAUCUACAAGUCAGGGAAGACCUGGGUGCAAGUGCUGGAAAAGUCCAACCCGAACAUCACCUGGUUUGCCUGGGUCCAUCAGCACGUGGUGGAGAACACCUUCCUCCUGUUUUUCGUGUCUGGGCUCCUGCUAGCUGUGAUCUACUUCACCGUCCAGGUGGUGAAGGGCCAGCGGAGGAUCAUGCGCCUGCUGAGGGAGCAGAUCGCCAACGAAGGGGCAGAUAAAGCCUUCCUCAUCCAGAAGCUCCACUCCGUUUACGAGCAGAGA